AUGGGGCUGAAGGGCCAGUUCCCUCGUGGUAUUGAGAAUUGCACUAGCUUGACAGGUUUAGAUCUUUCUAGCAACAAUCUCACUGGAUCCAUCCCAUCGGAUAUCUCCAAAAGGCUUCCAUAUGUGACAAGUCUUGAUCUCUCUUUGAAUGGCUUCAAUGGUGAGAUUCCACUGAGUCUGGCAAACUGUACCUAUCUGAAUAUCCUCAAACUUGACAACAACCGAUUCACUGGUCAGAUCCCUCUGCAACUUGGCCUGCUCAAUCGGAUAAAGACAUUUAGUGUUGCAAAUAAUCUGUUGUCCGGACAAGUUCCCAGCUUUGUCAAUUCUACAAUUGCCGCAGAUAGCUAUGCAAACAAUCUAGGGCUCUGUGGGAAACCUUUGGAUCCUUGCAAGGCGGUUCAGAGUAAAUCUCAUGGUGCAGUAAUUGUUGGAUCGGUAAUUGCUGGGGUGGCUGUUACUUUGUUUGUUGUUGGAGUUGUCCUUAUCUUCUGGUUGCGUAAAGCGUCUAUUAAGAAGAGAGAUGAUGACCCUGAAGGAAACAAGUGGGCCAAGAGUUUAAAGGGAACCAAAGGCAUCAAG